UUCAGAAAAGGAGACUACACUCUGCACUAAACCGAGUAGUCCGAGCAUCGGUAGAGAAGUAGACUGCCAAACGAAAGGAGACAGCUGAUAAAGGAGAGCCGGCAUGAAGAGGCCACACACAUGUGAUCCUGCAUCUUGGAGGAAGCGUUGUGGGAGGCACUGCAGUGAAGAAAUGGACCAGUGCGCGUAAGCAUGGACUCUCCUUGCUGACCGUCACCACCUGCUCUCCUUGCUAAGUGAGAGAGAGUGGGUCAGGGGAGAAGGAAAAGAGGUCAACAUGAAGCUAAAGCAGCGAGUUGUGCUCUUAGCGAUUCUUCUUGUCAUCUUUAUCUUCACCAAAGUUUUCCUGAUUGACAACCUGGACACAUCAGCCGCAAACCGAGAGGACCAGAGGGCUUUCCACAGAAUGAUGGCUGGCUUGAGGGUGGAGCUGGUGCCCAAGCUGGACCACACCUUGCAGUCCCCCUGGGAGAUUGCGGCCCAGUGGGUGGUUCCCCGGGAAGUGUACCCAGAAGAGACACCAGAGCUGGGGGCAAUCAUGCAUGCCAUGGCCACCAAGAAGAUCAUUAAAGCUGACGUGGGUUAUAAAGGGACACAACUGAAAGCCUUACUGAUACUUGAAGGAGGACAGAAAGUCGUCUUCAAGCCUAAGCGGUAUAACCGAGACUAUGUGGUAGAAGGGGAGCCAUAUGCUGGUUAUGAUAGACACAAUGCAGAGGUAGCAGCCUUUCAUUUGGACAGGAUUCUGGGUUUCCGUCGCGCCCCCUUGGUGGUUGGCAGAUUUGUUAAUCUACGGACAGAGAUCAAGCCCGUUGCCACGGAGCAGCUCUUGAGCACCUUCCUAACCGUAGGAAAUAACACUUGUUUCUAUGGGAAGUGUUAUUACUGCCGAGAAACAGAGCCAGCUUGUGCUGAUGGAGACACGAUGGAGGGAUCUGUCACGCUUUGGCUUCCAGAUGUGUGGCCUCUGCAGAAACACCGACACCCGUGGGGCAGGACAUACCGCGAGGGCAAACUGGCCAGGUGGGAGUACGACGAGAGCUACUGUGAUGCUGUCAAGAAAACGUCCCCCUAUGACUCGGGCCCCCGCCUCUUGGACAUCAUUGACACCGCUGUCUUUGAUUACCUGAUCGGCAACGCGGACCGCCAUCACUAUGAGAGUUUUCAAGAUGACGAAGGUGCCAGUAUGCUCAUCCUUCUCGAUAAUGCCAAAAGCUUUGGGAACCCAUCGCUGGAUGAGAGAAGCAUUCUUGCCCCCCUCUAUCAGUGUUGCAUCAUUCGGGUGUCCACCUGGAACAGACUGAACUACCUGAAGAACGGCGUGCUGAAGUCUGCCUUAAAGUCGGCCAUGGCCCACGACCCCAUCGCCCCCGUGCUGUCUGAACCCCACCUGGACGCCGCCGAGCAGCGGCUCCUGAGCGUGCUGGCCACGGUGAAGCAGUGCACUGACCAGUUCGGGGCGGACACCGUGCUGGUGGAGGACAGGAUGCCUCUCGCCCACUUGUAAUCCGCUCCACAGAAUAAGCGAGACUCCUUUUUACAAAGCUAGAGAAACAGCACAAUCACUUCCGAACGGGAUGAGGGGGAUUGGAGACGGCCGGCAGCAAGCUCUGGUGACGGGGGGCAGGGUGGCCUUGGAUGCCUCUGGCGACUUCUGUAGGAGAAACGAAAGCAAAGACGACAGGUUUCAGACCACGGGAGCACUCCCGCCGACCCCCCGACUUCCCGGCGGCGGGCCUCCUGGUUGGUCGGUCCUCACUCGCAUGCCACGGGACAGAUAGAGGGGGGACGUGUGGAGCGGUGAAUGCUGGGCCUGGUUCUGGAGUGUGUGGUUUGAGUUCAUCCUUAGAAUCCUAUCUCCACCCCGAUGGAGUUUUCUGAAAACCCUUGGCCAUCUCUGGAGUCCUUUUCGCACCAGGACCGAUCCGGCUGGGAAUUUGACCGCCUCCUGCGGAGUGGCAGCCGAGGAAACCGGGCCUCUUAAGCCCGAUAGCAUGCUCUGUGGGCAGGGAUACGUGUUCAGGAUUGAUUUAGCGGGAACGACAACAGCAGGAAGGAUGCUUGGGCUUUUAAGCGAUUGGCUGAUAGUGCUUUCCGUGAGCUCUUAGAGGAGGGAGGAAGAGACGGCACUGGAAGCGGGGAGGCCCCCCAGUAUUUGAGCUCCACGAGUGUAGAGAAGCAAACAGGAUUUGAACCUCAGUGGAUCUGUGUGCUCACAGUGGUAUCCCAGUUAGCCCCCAAAUUGUCCAAGCAGGAUGCUCUCAUGGAGACUUCUUUUUCCCUUUGCCCAAAGCAGGCAAAUCCUUUCUGAAUUAACAAAGCAAACUGAGCUAACACCUUGAUGAGAGUUAAGUUGCCUACGAUCCCCGCCAUCCCAAUUUCCCAUCUGAAAUGAUUUCCACCUCAGCCUUUAAGGCAUUCGGUCACUGAAGCUGCUGUUCCCAAGAGAUUGGCAGUUCCUGUCUGUGCCUUUCUCAUGGGAAGAGCCAGCUCCCGCGCUCAGCCGGCCACGCGUUCUGCUGGCGGCCGGACCAGUCUUGUGACGUGGGCCAUGCCGAUGACUGGGAACAAAGAGUUGAAGCUCUCUGAGCCUCAAAACGAAGGAGGUUACCAGGAAGAGCCUUAAGAUUUUGGUUUAUGUCAAGCCCUGAUUUCUUCGUUUAAUUUCAUCGGGUGUUCCGAACCGGUGGUGGAGCACCGCUGUCCCUGUCCCGGUAGUGACAGAAGGCCAGGCUCAGCUUGGUCUGUGUUCCUGCAGAGCCUCCCAGACCUGUGAGCCGUUGCAUCCUGUCUAGGGGCCGGUCCAGCCUUGUGCUUCUGUCAGGCAGAGGCUGCUGUUUCAACGGUGUGAAGGAGCAAAUGCCGUGCCAGCCCUGGAGACCAGUGUGGGGCAGCUGGCCUUUCAAAACCAGCUUAGGAUCGAGGUCCUUGUUUUCUUGCAUUGAAAGGCAGCUGGGCAGCCUGUAACUGUUAACAACAGCCUGAGGUCAGGAUGCUUUUGUACUUUGUAAGUAUGUUUGGAGACAUCCACAAGAAUGGGUUGAGUUCUAAAAGAAGGUAUUGAGUCUAAGGAGCCAGGUGUUAGCACAAAACACUGAAACGGUGUUAACCAGAAGGAGGCCUUAGAUUUCAGUUGUAGGACCAUUAUCGUGUGCAUCGAGCAGGAUUCAUAGCUGAGCUGGAGAAGAUCAUGGAUGGUGCUCAAGGAGCUGGCUGGAGGGAGAUAGUGGGAGACAGUGGGCUCGCCUGGGUUUAUGUUGGUGCAACCAAAUGAUGGCCCAGUGUCCUUGCAGACACAUGGUACCUGUUGUGUGGCGCAGUGGAAUGGGUAAGACUUGUUCUCCAACUGGGAGCUUGCUUCCUAAUGUUGAAAGCAGAAGAUAUUGCUAAGGAAACAAGCAGGAAGGAAUAUCCCAUCCUUUUUUCAAAACAUGGCAGAAAAUGUAUGAGUUCAUUCUGUUUCCUGCUGUUAAAAAAUUCAUGAUCUUAAGAGGUGUUCAGAUCUAUCAUGUUUAACGUCGUUUACUAAUAGGGUGAUGUCACAGGACUCUUGGAACAUAGAUUUAUGUUCUAAUCAGGAUUGGAUUAAGCUAAUCUUAGAGAAAACCAACCAAAAGCUUAUAGCCCUGAAAGUCACAAAAACCAAAUUCUGUUGGAGAAACAGAGGCUGAUACCUUUUUUUAAUUUUUUUUUAAGUUUUGUCACUGUGUCCUCUUUGUGGUUUCUUUAGCACCGUUAGACCAGUCACUAGAAGUGGUCUUGGUCAGUCCUAGGUUGGGUGUGCCUAGUCAACAUCUAAAGGUAGAAGUGGAUACAUUUUAAUACUAUCAAACUAGGAAAAUCAGAACUGAAUGCCAUUUCCUUAACUCCUCCCACUUCCUAAAUACGUCUAUUGCAGAGUUUGAAUGGGGAAAUAUGGGUAUAGAAGUUUUAUUCUAAAUUGUUCUUUAAUAUGAGGCUCUAUUGUGGGUUUGGGUGUAAAUAAUUUUCUGUGCAAAACAAAUUAAUAGGAUCUGUGAUUUGCUCAGAGUAUUGUUCUUUAAUAUAUUAAUAAGGCAUUUCUCCCUGUUGCACUCAGGACUAAUAUAUCAAAUGAAAUUUAAGGAGGAAAUGGAAGAAUUCAGGUACAUCUAUUGCAUAUUAUUUGGGGAAGGAUGAAUCCUGUACAUGUCAAUUUUUUAGUGUCUCCUGAACAGUAAGUUCUUCCAAGGAAAUUCAUCUUUUCUUUUCCUUAAAAAAAAAAGGAAAAAAGACUUUUGGCUUUCCCUUCCUAUCCCCUAUAUUCCUUCAGCGUCCAUUCGCAAUGGUCCCUGUCUUAUUUGACUGUAAGUGACCACACCUCACUGGCGAUAAAAACCACGUCUGUCAGUGAGCUGUCCUGUAGGAGUGAUCUUUUGAGCUUGAGCUUCAGGAAACAUGAGUAAAGGCAUAUUAUGUAUAUAGUUGUAUCUGUAUUGUAGCAAGAGAAAAAAACGUAUUUAUUUUGACACAGGGAAACACUGACUUAUGUUGCUGAAGAACUUGAAGCUAGUGAAUGGGUCUCUCCUCAGUCUCUGCGAAUGGCUCUGAAGUCACAGAGAGACCAUUCAGCCGGCAUCUUCUGGGCACCUCUGGAGAGCUGGCUGUGGCCAGGCACACGCAGGAGCCAGACAGACCUGACUUCGUGAAACCUAUCGUCCAGGGGAAGACCAGUUUCUCUCCCUUCAGUGCAUCCAGCCUGGGUUGACAAGGCAGGGGCUGGUUACUCCACUGCCACAGGUUUUUAAGGAACUAAGGUGUUACUCACAAAUACAAAGUGUAAGGGGGGGAGCUGGGAGUAACUUACUGGGAAGCUAAUUUAGUUUGCUCAAAAGGGAGGUGUAGGAACCGCUACCCUCGAUUUUGAUCUGCCAAGAUUUCCUCUCAGAGCUGUCACACAACAGGAGGUUGGGCUUGGUAAGACACCAAACAGGACAGAUAUGCACCCAAGUUUCUAAUGUGUUCUAUGGGUUUCAAUUCUGAAAAAGAAGAAAAAAGUGAAUAAAGAUUUUAAUAAGUA